CAUCUUCGAUACCUAGGCAUGGCUUACGUCCUCUCUCUAAUGCCCCAGAGUCCGCUGGGCGCUCCUUACGACCAACGAAGUUACGAAAGAUCAUGGUCAUCAUUGGGAAGUACAGGUACCGUUCAUCACCGUCGUUCGAGACAGCUAUCCGUCGGCUCCUUGGCCUCUGCAGCCUCGGUAUAUGGUCCAUCCUGGCGCUCGCCCUCGAACCAUGGCACGCCGCUCCGAUCAACGUCAUACUCGGACUUUGAGAACGGAACAUAUCCCGCAGCACUCCAUCGUCCAACUACCACAAGCAACAUAUCUCGUCCAGUGAGCGUGCCACCUGCUGUCCCUCAACUCGUGCCUCUCGUCACACCCCUACCGUCUCCUGUCGAGUCAGAACCAUCGCUUGAUACUCCAGCUUUGAAGAACGAACACUCUGCUUUGGAUCUUGUCGACGAAGAAAGAGGUGACUGGGAAGAAGGCCAUGCUUUGCUCGGCUCCGACAUCUAUGAUAGCUCGACUCCGAAUAUCGAACCUCCGGUUGCUGACCGUGGUGCUGUGACAUCUUCUGUGUCGUCUCAGCAACCCUUCAAGAGGUGGAUGAACACUUUGAGACAGAAGAAAGCUUCAUACAAGAGUCGUGUCCGCCCAAACCUCGAUGCACUGUUCUUACAUCUCACGAAUCACUCUGUUGUCACCUCGCCAGAGCCAUCUGUCAGAGGUCAUCGCAAGUCAGGAUCUUGGGCUUCAUCUGUCAACUUUGUGACCGCCGUCAAGUCAGCCACCAUAACGGUUGCAAGUGCAAGCAUCGCUCCUCUAUCGAGGUCAGCCAGCAAANAAUCCGGCCAUCCUAGGCUCCACCGUGGGAGCAGUGGUUUGUUCGAGUCAGAACCACGCUUCUCGACUGACAGUGGUCGUCCUUCCCUGAGCCUCAUCAUCGAUGAUGCCGCCCGCCAGAGAGCAAAGAAACGUCGAGAGAAAAUUGAAGAGUUGAUCAAGACCGAGGAAAGCUACCUUUCGGACCUGAAGGCGCUAAGUAAUACUCGUGCUUCGGCUCGCAGCAACAUCACCAACAUGCUUCAGCUCCACACUGAGCUGCUGGAAGACCUGCACCACGUGAUUCCCUUCUCAGAACAUGACCAAGCUAUCACCGAGACGUCGACGCCCAAGCGCAAGCCUUAUCAUGUCAGAUGGCACAGCGAGGACUCUAUACCUGUACGAAGAACCCCUCUGGGGACCAGUCAUACUGGAUGGUCGAAUCGCUAUUCGCUUGACUCGCACAGAUCUCCAAGUCAGGAGCCUCUGUCUCUCACCUGCACACCCACCACAGCUGCUGACGUUGGUCGCAUCUUCGCGAAGAACGUCAGUAUACUUACCAUGCUCUCAACCUACCAUGAUGCUGACAGUACCGAUAGANUUAAGCGGUUCGCAUUGUAUGAAGAGUACAGUGCAAGGUGCGAGUCGAUGCAUGACGAUAUCGAUUUCACUCAGAGACCAUCGUUCUCCGUCUGGGACUACGAUAAAGCUAUCGAGACACUUUCGGCUUCUGUAAAUCCUGUCAAAAGCCGAGAAGCGAAUCGCAGAAAGGCGCUCAGCAUUAAAGACUUGCUCAUCAAGCGAAUCACUCGCUACGAGUUGCUCUUCAAGGGCCUAUGUAGAGUCACGCCUUCUUGUGAUGAUCCCACAUCGCAUGCAGUUCUGGACGAUGUCCUUUAUCGCCUAGGGGAGACAUGCCGCAAUGUCGAUGAUGCAAAGGAUAAUCCAGACAAACUUCGGUUGAUGGAGAACUCCAGGCUGCUCCAAGAUCGACUUUGCUUCUCAGACAGAAUUCCGCGUGAGCUUCUCUUUCAGCGUCUCGGCAGGUUAUCCCUCUGCGGCACUCUUUACAUCGCCUAUCGGAACAAGACCACUUUUCAGGGAUGUUACAUGAUCUGUGUCUUGUAUGAGUCAUGCCUUCUGCUCGCUCUACCAGAUCGCUCCUCGUCCAAGUACAAGGUCGUAGUCGGUACUUCCCUUGCAUCAACCAGUAUCGAGGAGAGCGACAAUGGCAAAGCGCCAUUUACCUGGAAAGUCGUGUUCGAAAGUGCCGGUAAGAUGUACGAGCUGAUCAUGGGAGCUUGCUCCGACGUCGAGNAGAGCGUCUGGAGAGACCGUCUUGCUGGUCGGAUUGCUGUUGAGGCACAGCAUGUUGCUGAAGGUCAUAGCGCUCCCUUCGACCUUCAGUCACCACUCACCAGGGAUAUACGCAGUUUCGGCAAAGCUUAUAGCAAAGCUAGAGGCUUUGUUCGCCGACUCUCUGUCCAGCGUACGGCUACACUAGGACCGAUGACGGACUGCAACCAGGUCAUCAUCAUGCAUACCUCGGCUCCCAAGGACGACUUAAACAACGCUUCCACAUCUUCACUGCCUGGACGUUCGAAAUCACUUCCUACUACCAGCGGCGUACCCAUCUUGGCACCUAUGAGAGCAGAGCGUAUCAAAGUGGAGGCGGGAAUGUCCGACGUGUGGACAAAAGACUCGAUCCCGUAUCCAGGAAUGGGCUCGAGGCGUACUGAGAACAUCUUCAAGGACACUGCCAGUGACCUACUUCGCAAGCUGAGCAUGGCCAGCAUUGCCAGUAACUUCUCCCGGCGAUCAAUGAGUUAUACGAGCGUCCACCAAAGCCAUCAAGCCCCAGAGAAGCUCGUCAAGGCCAAGCCAGUGCCACGACCCGACACCCUCAAGCCAAAACGUCCGCCUCUUGUCAAUUUCCACAAUGCGCCGGAUGCAUUCUUGCCCGAGGACUUCGGACUGCAAGGGCCUGAUCUGAAGCGUAGCCGCAGGCUGGGGUUGCGAACGUUGACGAUGACAGACCGACCGCGGUCACCCUUCUUCUUUACAGAAAACAAGGCGCCCGAGAUCAAGCGAGCCAAGAGUACGACACAGGCGCGUGCGUCGACAGAGACCGAGGUCAAAGCUGAAACGGUGGAGGAGUCGGGCAGGAAGGACAGCUUGCAAGCACUUCAGAGCAAUGUCGGCAUCACGGUGGUGAAUGAGGGGAAGGGCGAGAUGAAGGUUGCAGAGUUUGAUGUGAUGAGAAAGAAGAGAUCAAGACUCUUGAGGUAUCUGACCAGCAAGUCUCGGGUCGGUGACGAAUGA